AUGCAUAUCACUCCAGUAUUAGCAUCGUUGCUUCUUAGUGUCCUGCCUGAGGUCGCCUCGGCUAAGCGCACUGAAACAUGUUGUUCGGCUUUGGAAGCGAACGGUCUCCAUGGCAAGGUCGUCUACCCCAACAGCACUGCAUACACGAAGUCGGUCGGAUCAUAUUGGGCCGAAAAUGUUCAGCUUGAGCCGACAUGCAUUGUGCAGCCACGCUCUGCCAAGGAUGUCUCCCGCGCUGUUAGCACCCUGGUUGACACUGACGCUGGAGCUUGCAAGUUUGCUGUCCGGAGUGGUGGCCACACCACCUGGGCCGGGGCCAAUGAUAUUAGCGACGGUGUGACUAUUGAUCUGUCAAUGAUGAACAGUACAGUCUACAACAAGCAGGCUGGAACUGCUUCUAUCCUACCUGGAGCUCGGUGGCAGUCUGUAUACAAGACACUCGCACCAUAUGAUGUGACUGUACCUGGUGGUCGGGGAGGUCCGGUCGGUGUGGGUGGCUUUUUGGUCGGUGGUGGUAACACAUUCCACACCGCACGCGUCGGAUUCGCUUGCGACAAUGUCGAAAAUUUCGAGGUCGUUUUGGCCAACGGAGAGAUCGUUAACGCCAACAAAGAGAGUCAUCCGGAUCUCUACAAGGCUCUGAAGGGAGGAUCAAUCAACUUUGGAAUUGUCACUAAGUAUGACUUAAAGACAAUUGACCAGGACAAACUGUGGGGUGGACUCGUUAUCUAUCCUAACAGCACCACCUCGCAGCAGCUUGCCGCUGGACAUAAGUUCAUCAACAACAUCCAUAAGGAUCAUUAUGCAUCCUGGAUUGGUAUGUGGGAGUAUGCAUCAAAGACCGACACGAACGUUGUCGCGAAUGCUCUGGAGUACACUUCUCCGGUGGCAUUCCCGGAUGCAUUGAAGGACUUCACCAACAUCCCCAAUAUCACGGACACGAUGCGCUUUGCCAAUAUGUAUAACUUAACUCAGGAGCUUGUCCAGGCAUCCGGCUACCGCGACACCUUCUUCACCGGCACAUUUGUCAACACAAUCGAGAUGCUCAAACACACUAUUGAAAUCCAUAACGAGAAGAUUGAGGAGGCCAAGGCUAGUGUCAAGAGCACGGACUGGACUAUGGACACGAUCAUCCAGCCAUGGCCCACUCUCUUUGCGGAGCACAGCCAGGAGCACGGUGGUAAUGUGCUGGGUCUGGAGCGUUUCGAUGACAAUUUAUUCCAGGUUCUCUUUGACUACUCAUGGAAGGACGAAGCCGAUGACGCCUUGUUCAACAACCUGGCCAAUGACGCGCUUGAGGAACUCAAUGCCUACGCAAAAUUGGUCGGAGGCGACAAUGAGUAUAUCUACUUGAACUAUGCCGAUGGUACCCAAGAUCCCCUGAGCAGUUACGGGCACAAGAACGUGGACUUUAUCCGUCGUGUUGCUAAGGAGUACGACCACGCGGGUGUUUUCCAGAAGCAGGUACCUGGCGGAUUCAAAAUAAGCCAGGUGGACCAGUGA